AUGCCUGCCACCUAUAAAAACUUACGCCUCAUUGAUCCAGAAUUCAGAAUAAGACUCCGAUGCGCUCAAGUUCGGAGACGCACGUGCAGAGGUCAGAGGACGCCUCCCCGAGAGACAGCAGACAGGGUCACCGGGGACCCGGAACCACACGCCUCUUUCCAGAGAGGGGUCGGGCCAGGGUGGCGCCGGGGGGGAGCAGGCAGGGCGCACAGCUGUGGGGUCGAGCGGUCAGGGAGACGCGGCUCAGGGACCGCGACGGCGCCGAAUCGCGAGUGCAUCCUCAGCACCGAGGCGACAGCCCCGCAGGCCCAGCCCUACCUAGAGACGCGCCAGGACACCGGAGACGCGCCCACGCCGCCCUCGGCCCUCAGCAGCGGUGCGCACUUCCGCUUCCCGUCGCGAGACCGCCCCGCCCACGAGAGGGCGGGACCUGCGAAGCCGGCCGGGAGGCGCCGGGAGCGCCACGCGCAGGCGCCUGAGAGCGCGUGGCGGCGCCGGCUCCGGCUCCGCGCCCGUUGCCUCGGAAACCGCGCUGAGCUUCCGAGGUCGGGGUCACGACUCGCUCGGCUUCCGCAUGCGUAUCCGUUGGUGCUGUGGGCGGUGCAGCGGUUGUACGCUAGGUCGGGGUCGUAUGGCGCAGUUUGGCAUGAGAGCGCUGAGAUGAUGGGAUGAUCAAGGGUCAACAGACAUUUGAGAAGGACGGGAAGGAUGAAGAGGAAAAAACAAACUUAGAAGAGGAAAAAAUAUUAAAAAGUUUAUUAUCUGCAGCUUUUGGAGAUAAUACAUCAGUGAAAGAAAAAAGGUAUAUCAAAGAGCAUUCAGAAGAUAAGAGCUCUUGAGAAUUUUUUUUAAAAGCAAUAAUUUAAAUGUUAAAAAUUGAUUCAAGAGAAGAUAAAUUUGAUGAUGACUCUUGGAUAAUAGAAGAAAAAGAGAUAAAGAGGAAAACAUAAGAAAGAGACCCAGCAAUGCCCAGAACAACAAACCUAUGAAGAUUCACAGGAUGGCACAGUAUCACAAAAUGUCAAGACACCAGGGAUAAAGGGCCUUAAAGAGUUUCCAUAAGGAAAAACAGGAUACAUUUAGGGAUUGGAAACCAGGAUGGCAUGGAAAGUUUCAAUAGAAUGCCAGGAAACUGAAAUUCAGUGGAGCACUAAGUUUCAAAAUUCUGAAGAAAAUAAAACAUGGAAUUCUACUCAAAAUCAAAAUAUUAUAAGUCUGGGAAUAAAGAUUUUUUUCAGAUAUACAGUUCAAAAAUAUUAUCUACCAAAUACUUUAUCUCAGAUACCUGCUGGAGGAUACUCUCCAAAAUUUAAGAGGCCAAGAAAAAGGAAUAUUUAGGAUCCAGACAGUAGGGAAUCCAAGUGAAGAGAGGUGGGAAACCUCAGGACAAAAUCUAGACACACAUCUCCAGGAAAAGUCAGUCCAUAGAAUGCCUGGGGUGUUUGAGUAUUUUAAGAGGAGAUCUACAGAGUUUGGUGACAACAUGUAAUAGAUACAUAGAAAAGUCAAUUAGCAAAUUAGGCAAUUGUUGAAUCCAGUAAAGACAAAUUGUACAAAGAAGAAAAUGUAAUCAUAGCAUAUGCUUCAGCUGUGAAUAAUGAUUCCAUAAUUUUAAUGAGGUAAGUAAUGGUAACCUAAUGAAAAGGGUGCUGUAACUUUUUCAAAAAAUGAGAGGUGAUGGUCUAUGGAUUCAUAACUGUGUGCGUCUAGGAAAUCCUGUGGAAGUGUUAAACCUUCAGUUUCUAGAGUUGGAAGUUUAUAGACAAUGUGCACAACUGGAAAAGAUAUAGCGUUAGAAAGUUUCUUUUAAAGAAAUAUGAGUCAGUUUCAAACAAAAUAGCUAUGAGGUAAACAAAGGAAAAAAUUGGGAACGCAUGGUGUGGGAAAUAUCUAUGUUUUUGUUGUAAACCUAGAAGUACUAUUUGAAUUUUAAAAUCUGUAGGCAUAUUACAUUGAUAAAAGGAAAAUAUAUUAAGUUUUAAAAAGUAAGUUGCAUGUACAGUGAUAGUUCAGUUCAGUUCAGUCGCUCAGUCGUGUCCGAGUC